AUGGAGGUGCUGGAGGAGGGCAAUUUAAUGGACCGCGUGCCCAUUUUGCUGCAACGCGACUUGGAGUUCUAUCAGACGCAUCAGCGUGUACUGCAGGAACCCAUCUGUCCGGGAGUGGUGGGCGGUAAGCUGGACUUUCCGCGUUAUGCAUCGUUUGCUUCCAUUAAACUGAUACGCUGGUGGGAGGAUGAAUACUUUGCUUCCUAUCGCAAACACUCGGGACUGCUGCAUACGGAGAAGGAGCUCAACGAAGGCGACUUUAGCAGCGUGACUGUAAAGACUUCAGAUCCGGACAAGUUUGUUAAUCUUGUUACCAAGUCGGCGGAUUUACUUUUAGAGCACAUACAUCACCUUUCGCAAGAGUCUCUCGAUCAUGCUGAUCUCACCGUGCUUACGGCCACCAUUGGCGCCGCCGCCUUGGUGAAGAACUCGCUCAGCAUUUAUAUGCAGGUGGCGACCACCACUAUAUGCCCUCCAAAGGGGGACGAAAAGGGCGGCGCGCUCAAGCUCAGCUUCAAGCAGUACGCACAGAUGGCGGAGGCGCUGGCGGAGCGUUUGCUGGAUCUGCACUGCCGGCUGCUGCUGCUGUACAUCAUACAGGACGCCGAUUGCCUGCACUGGGAGGACACGCAGCCGUUCUUCGAGUCGGAGCGUGGCUCCUAUACGGUGCAGAUGUGGUGGCACUACAUGCGCGGCACCCAGGCUGAUCUUUGGAACUCUGUGCCGCCAAAGAUGGCGCAAAAGAUAUUCGCGGGCAUGAUCAAUGAGACGCUGAGCGUGCUCACGGUGCGCUAUACGCAAAUCGUUACCAGCGUGGCGCGUGCUCAGCUGCAUCUGGUGGACAUUUGCAAUCUGCUGCUCUGCAUCGCCCAGUUGCUGCCCCACGUCUGCGAGAGCGGCGAGGCGUAUGCGGGUCUCCAGCUGAGCAAUCAGAGCGUCAUUGUGCGGGACAUACACGCCAAGUGCCGUGAGUUGUUCUAUUGUUUACUCCUGCGUGGUGCGCCCCUUGGCGUGCUCUCCAAGGUCUUUCGCAAGGGUCUGGAUAACAUGGAGCUGUUUAGCUCGCGUCAUGGUUUGCCGAGUGCCUGGAUUAUAUUUGCACUGCCACGCUACUUUCCCAAGGAGCAGUCCUGCCAGUGGGUCACCGAGUACUCCGAUCUAAGCACUGCGACUGCCAUAUCACUGGAUCUGCGUGUACUUCUCGCCUUUCCCGAGGCGCAUUGGUCGUUCCUCUUAAAGAUUCUGCUGAUGCGCGAUGCUUACCUUACUGCCAUUAUUAUGCGCCAUCUACUGCAGCACUUGCCCUCCUCGGAGAACUUUAAGAACGUCGCCAAGCAUUCGUUUACCAGCGCUGAAGGCGGCGCCUUAAAGUGUGAAGCGUUUCUCUGUCGUGGCGAGUGCUUUAAUGUCAGCGAGUCCAUAGCGGCGGAUAUAGAUCCCGUUGGCCAAGCCAACUAUCAGAUAGUUCUAUCGCUUACCUAUCUUAUUGUGGCCGUGGGCAAGGCUGUGGAUAUCAAGUGUUGUCUCAUUAAAACGCUGGAGGAGCACGCCGUAAGCGGUUGGAGCGACUGUCUGGACAAGCGUCAAGUGUGGAAUCAAAAGCGCACGCCUUGGCUGGAGGCGAUUAUGCAUUUUGUUUACCCCGUGCUCGACUGCGUGGUGGAGAUGCUCAUCAAUGCGGUGGAGAAUGGCGCCAGCAUGUAUCAGGCCAUGUCGCUGGCCUUAACCUGUGUCUCUGAAAUAUGGGAUUGCAUGCCUGAGGGAUUGUACAAGAUAACAGCACUGCUGCAGGAUAUAAUACCCGUGUCCACGCGUCCGUUGGGCGAUUCCGUGCUGCUCCAGGUGGUUUUCGCUGCGCUCUACACGGAGCUCAUCAAGACAGCCGAGCGGCAUGAGCAAGCCAAGCUGGACGAAAAGGCGGCUGUUUGUUAUGCUCUGUCUGAAGCCAUUUGCUCCAUUGACGAGGACGACAAGCACACGGAUCAGAUUGAUUUGUUUCUGAAGCAGGCCAAGGAGAGCAUUAAUCUGGACACGGAUUUCGGCAGCAGCUGUGGACGUGGCGCUGGCGGCAUGAGUGCCGUGAGCACCAUUAAAAUAGAUGACUUGACCAAUGCAGAGUCGGAGCGCUUGAGUCACAGUCCGCCGGCCAACUAUGCCAUGGAGUUGGAUGUAGGCACCGCUGAUUAUAUAGCCGAGGUGCUUGCCAGCGAUGUGCUGACCACCAACAUAGGCAAGCAGGCGCUUAAGGUAAUUUACAAUUACCUAAAGUUCAACAAGGAUUGGCUGCUGGAGCAACUGGGCACGGCUGAUCAUGAGCCGAGUCCCUUUCAGGGCGUGUUGGGGCAGAACAUUAAGGAGACCAAGACAACGGUACUCAAGUCUAUGUUCUUCAUUGGCAAUACGCCUUUCGAUCAGCUACUGACUGGCUCAUUGAAGAUUGACUACGUGAGUUGGCUGCAGAUGCCAUUGUCCUUGAAUCCCGAACGCACCUGGCUGCACUUAAUGCGUCGUUGCGACUUUCAGGAGAAUACCAAGCUAGCGCUGCCUGAGGUGGCCAUGGUGGCUGGCAUCAGCAAGAUAAUGAAGCGUUCUGCUAACAAAUCGACCCGCAAGGCGGCUCAUUAGCGUUGCGCAUACGCCGCGCUGUCAUUAAUGUCGCUUAAUGCAAACAGCACAAACGCUUCUUAGACGCGCACCAAGCAAAUGCCGUAGACAGACCUGUAGACCUCAGAAAAAAGAAUGAACUUGCUCCCCAGCCAUUCCUGUGUUUAAUGUGUCAAGUGUGCGGCUGGCUCGGAGAGCUCGGGGUUGAGUAGAUUGUUUGGCUAAAUGGCGGCGGGCAUUGUCACUGCCGAAAAUAUUUUUGUACACAUUUUGCGUAGAUUGCCAAGCUGCUGCUCCGCUUUCAUAUUACCCUUACUGCUCGUCCCCCCUGCUAGUUAUGAAAAUUACUGAAACGACGCCAACAAACAUACCACGUUGAAAAGUGGAGCUGGGAAUAGCGCAAAGGACGCAGCCAAGCCACUGCCAUGGAAAACACACCAGCAGCAACAAUAGCACCAACAACAACAACAACAACAACAACAACAGCACCAUGAACUACAACGUGACAAAUAAGAACAAACUAGCAAUCCCAUUAUAGUGCGGCUAUCAAGACUUAGGUCAU